AUAUAGUACUAAUUUUUAAUCCACAGGAACUAAGCAACAUUUGAUUCAAUUAUGGAUGGAUUGGUAGGCCUCUUGAAAGUACGGGUGGUUCGUGGGGUCAACCUUGCCUACCGCGAUGCAAGAGGCAGUGAUCCAUAUGUUGUCCUUAGACUAGGCAAGAAGAAACUGAAGACAAGUGUGAAGAAGAGAUCUGUCAACCCUAUUUGGCAUGAAGAGCUAACUUUGUCGGUCACAAAUCCUAAUGAACCAAUUAAGCUUGAGGUGUUUGACAAGGACACUUUCAGCAGAGAUGACCCGAUGGGUGACGCAGAGAUCGACGUAGCACCCUUGAUGGAAGUUCUGAACAUGGACCCGGAGGACAUUAGGAACGGCGCCAUCAUAAGAUCGAUCCGACGGGAUAUAAAAGGGGGAGUGCACCCUGGAGAAGAGGACGCACCCAGACAAGCAGACAAAUCGAUCUAUCGUGUGCGAGGGCCGGCCAUCGGCGACCGGACCGGAAUCAUGACGCCAUCGGCGGCGGCGCCAUUGACAGUUGGGGAAGUGAACUCGCGGUCGCUCUUACCCCGUGCUGUGCAUUGGGUAUUGGCUGUCUACUUGCCAUCUGUUUGUCUCGCCAUUGCGGCGGCUGCGGCCUACUGCAUCUACGACCGCGAUUCCGUCGUCUUCCCAUGGUGCCUGCCGGUGCUCAUGCUGUGGGGAGUCUACAUGGCGCUGGUCAUGGUGGUGGCGAUGUACAUGCACCUGUUCCUGCCGCGCGCGCCCUUCGCCGUGCGGGAAGAUCUCGUCAAUGCAACAUUUGAUUCAAUUAUGGAUGGAUUGGUAGGCCUCUUGAAAGUACGGGUGGUUCGUGGGGUCAACCUUGCCUACCGCGAUGCAAGAGGCAGUGAUCCAUAUGUUGUCCUUAGACUAGGCAAGAAGAAACUGAAGACAAGUGUGAAGAAGAGAUCUGUCAACCCUAUUUGGCAUGAAGAGCUAACUUUGUCGGUCACAAAUCCUAAUGAACCAAUUAAGCUUGAGGUGUUUGACAAGGACACUUUCAGCAGAGAUGACCCGAUGGGUGACGCAGAGAUCGACGUAGCACCCUUGAUGGAAGUUCUGAACAUGGACCCGGAGGACAUUAGGAACGGCGCCAUCAUAAGAUCGAUCCGACCAAGCAGCCGGAACUGCCUGGCAGACGAGAGCCACGUCUGCUGGAGAAACGGCAAGUUUGUCCAGGACAUGAUUCUCCGGCUGAGGAACGUCGAGAGCGGCGAGAUUCAGUUGCAGCUGCAAUGGGUGAGCAUUCGUGGCGCCAACUAAUCCAUGAGAUCCCUUUGGAGAUCUUGGCUCUUCUUGCUAUUGCUACGGCAAUCGUGUGCAACUAAUGAGAAGGAGAGAGGCUUCAUUCGAUGACAUGUUGGGAUGCUGUGCUGCACUGGGAAAUGAAGCGUUUCCGUUUCAAUCACAUUUUCACCUGUUGUGGAUGUCGGAUUGUAGCCCAACCAGCAAAGGGGUCAGGGUAGUCAAUCUUGGUAGGGAAAAGGAAGGAAAAAUUGAAUCCAGGACAUGAUUUGUAAAGUCUGGGACAACAUAAUUGGAAACAAGUGGUAGGAACCUGUUUGGCAGAAACAUGUCUUUGUUUGGAUUGGAACAGAUGAUUGUUACUAUCAUGUGGGACAAUGGAAUCGUAAAUAUUCCUCCAACAAACUCCUGAAC